AUGUUUGCUACUCGCCGUCUUCUAUUUUCAACAAGGAUAACAUUUUUUACUCGCGAAACUUGUGGUCUCUGCAAACAAGCUAAGCAUGUUUUGUCCGAUGUCUGGGAUAAGAGACCAUUCGACUAUACGGAAGUCAACGUCGACCUUCCAAAGCCCGAAUCCAAACAAUGGAGAGACAUAUAUGACUUUGACGUUCCUGUGAUACACAUCAGCAAGUCCACAGCGCCUGAGGAAAACCCUGUCAAGGUUGGCAAAGCUAUCAAGCUGAUGCACAGAUUCACAGUCGAACAAGUUGAGGCUCAAAUGGAUAAGGCAGAAAAGGACUGA